AUGAAUUUCAUCAUUUUCUUGCUAAUAACACUUCCUGCGUGCUUGGCGCAAUUCUCGAUACAAGGACCCAGUGACGGGAAUCGAGUCGCCCAGGGCUUAAGAAUAGAGGAAGGGAAAGGAAUCGAGUACACAGAUCAAAAUGAGUCACACGAUGGUGGUUUUAGUAUCCAAGGAGCCACAGAUGGAAAUGCUCAGAUACAAGGUGCCAGCGAUGGCCAUUCCACUUUUCAAAUACACGGUGCCACUCAAGGUGUAGCUGAAAGAUAUAACGUACAAGGACCCAGUGCAGGAGGAUACAACAUUCAAGGAGCGACAGAUGGACAUAGUCAGUCUGUCAUUCAAGGUGCCUACGAUGGUAAUCCAGGUACUACGAAAUCUCUUCAGUACAACGACCCCAGUGGUUUAAGGGUCAACUGGAGAUCGUACGAUCGUCAACCAAGACCAGCGGCACAACCGGAAGCACAGUAUUCGGAAGCUCCGAUUGCAAGCGUGCCAAGAGCACCACACCGUCAGAGAGCUCAUGCACCAAGGCACCCACAGCCACCACCACAACCUGAACCAGUUGCCUUUCAGCAAUCGAAAGCUUUAGAUCAUGCACCUUCGCAUAUCAAGCAUUUGCUUCAAUUACAACAACAACUUCCAUACGUGAACAUCAUCCCUGAACCGUUUAGAUAUGAGAAUUUGUUAUCUACACAAGGCGUACAUCAUCCUCAACAAGUGUCAGGUCAUUACCAACCUCAGCCUCAAUCUCAACCUCAAUAUCUGGAAGAACCUGUACCAGAACUACGACGUCCAACCUAUCGUGGUAAACCACGUGGUCCGCCUAGACACAGAAGACAGGCACAGUACAAACCGGAAGCUCCUGGUGCAUCACAGCAGCAGUAUCGCAGACUUCCGCAGCCACCGGCUGACCCUCAGAUCAAAUACUCACCUAACCUGCCUCCUCAGUUGCAGCAACUGUUGAAAUACCAGGCUCAAACUCCCUAUGUCAACUCGAUCCCUGAACAGUACAGAUUCAAUCCGGAGCCAUCGGCGCAGAUGCAACUAGAGCAGUUCCGCAAUUACUAUCAAGACCUACUGAGACAGCAACCAACAUCUCCCGUCGUGCACACGGUGGAGCAAGCGCCAGCCCCCAGGGGCCCACCACGAGGGCCACAACAUGCAGGGCACAGAGAAAGAAGACAAGCACCUCACCAGCACCAGUCGCAGCUGCAACGACAGCCAUUGCCAGCCGAACCUGUGCCACGAUACUCCACCAACGUUCCCGGUCACAUCCAAAGCUUGCUGAAGUACCAGUCUCAGAUCCCUUACAACAUCAUUGCUAACCAGAUCGAAUAUCGUCUCGAAAAGCCAUACGUGCCUCAGCCUGCACAGCCUCCGUCACCUCCUCAGGUUCGGUAUCAACCUCCUGCUACUGCUGACUCGUACCAAGGUCAAUCCAGUGGUUACAGCCAUGCGUACGCUCCUCAGCCAGAGUAUGCUCCUCAGCCAGAGUAUCCGCAGUACACUCAGGCUCAGUUCGCACCCCAACAGCCUGGGCACGGCGUGCGUCCGGUCACUGAGAGCCAAUACUAA